GUGGUUUUGUUUGUUUGUUUCAUGUAGCAGCGCGUUUGUGGCUAGUGUUAAAGUCCAGUAUGGCAAGAAACGAAGAGAAACAACAAGGACGGCUAAACAGACUGUGGCUUCAGAAGGAACGAGAAGUGGGGCGACUCAAAGAUGCACGAGACCCAAGACCCAAGCUGUAUACCCUUAACACUUCCACUGCAGUGAAAAAGUGGAUUCCCAGUAUAAAGAAUGAAAUGGAAUAUUACUUGCAGCAGUCCCAGUUGACUCACUAUCCAGAAAGGAAGAUUGCAGAGUUUCAUCUUAAAAUUGAAGCUCUGGAAAAAGAAUAUAAAAGCUUUAUUACCAAACUGCGUAUGCUUGACCCUUCGUGUAAGCACCAGCCCUGGACACCUCGAGCCUACAAAGCCUACAAAAGACGAGCUGACAAGCAGGAAUCACACUGUGCUGUUAAAAAGCCACACGCAACGUUUAUUGAAGGGGGUGGUGAAUUGAAUGAAGACAUCAGUGGAGGGCGAAGUUGUACGGGAAAUCUAAAGACAUUUACAAGAGAAGCACUUCUGAACAACUCAGAAACCAGGAAGAUAAACCAGGCCCUGCCUAAUUUGGACAGCCCAGACCAGGAUUUACCUCUAUGUUUUGAUCAAUCACGGCUUGCAGUGGCAGUGGCACCAUUUAGAGGUGCAGCUGCUGCUUUGGGUUUGACUAAAACAAACAAUCUUGCCAGAGUUUUGCAAUCGGGUCUCCCGAAUUUAGGUAAUUCUGCAAUGACAUACUCCAGCCACCAAAACCUCACAAAUAGGAAUCAAAGACUGAAAGAACCAACAAAGUCAGAUGAGUGCAGAUAUUCCAUGUCUGAAAAACCACAGUGUGCCGCACAGAAGAGGCAUCUACUGGGGCUGGAUUGUUACUCCUCUUCAGAUGAAGAAGACAAUGCAGGAUGACCCGGGACAAUCAUGUCACAGUCAGAGAAAUGUAAAUACACGCUCACACAGAGCCAUGUCCACUUCAGCCUGGAGGGGGAACUUAAGGGCACACUGUAACGGUAUGUUUUAGAUAAACUGGGACAAUAAAAUAUUCAAGAGAUUAUUUCAAGUUAUAAUUUUUUUUUUAAAUAUGGCACUGUUUAUACAUAAUCUAUCUCAAUUAAAGGAAGGCUGCCCAGUGUAUUAAAAAAUUAUUAGUAUCACAAUAUUGGCUGACACAAUGAUUGAUUUUACAAGAAAAUAAAUAGACCUGUCACGGUCACC